AUGCCAUUAGAGUCGCCACCGCCGGGUCUGGCACCCUUGGAAAGCGUUGAGGAAAAGCAAGUGGAGCAAGAUUUGUCAGUAGAAAAGAAGGCUACUGCUCCUAGGAAGCCUCGGGUGUGUCGAGAUUGGCGACGCAGUGGUAAAUGCCGCUUUGGGGACAAAUGCAAAUUCGCCCAUAUUGACUCGCCUGAGAAGAAGAUAGAAGAUGAUAAGAAGCGAGCAGCAAAGGAAAAGGAGCGACCAGUGUGCCGUUAUUAUGCUGCUGGGAAGAAUUGCAGAUUCGGUGAGCGAUGUCGGUAUAGGCAUGAAAGAAUUGAGGAAAAGCAAGAUGAGGAGGUGAUACCGACCAGGCUGGGCAUCUCAGAUGAAGAGCAUGUGGUAAGGCUCGUUUCGGAUGGUUGGACGUGUGAGGAGGAGUUUAUGAAACUCGAACGCUUCUAUCGGAAUGCUGGGUACCGGAAGUCUGAAGGAGAUGGUUUUACUAGGGUGGACCUGACCAUCUUGUGCAGCGACCCUGAUUUCAAUCGGAUGCUUUAUACGCCAGAGGGCAUCCCGGUGGCAGUCCUGAUGCCUUCCUCGUACACAGAGAAGGGUGAGUACUCGGAGGAGCUCGUUCUUAUAGUGACUAAAAUUAGCGCGAAAAUUCCUAAGGCUGUGAGGAUACUCCUGCCGAAAAUAUUCGACAAUUAUUGUGCGAGUGUAGAGCCGCCAGUGAGCAUUUUUAAAGCACUGCAGGCGGUGGAAAAGUGCAUACCGAGUGUGUUUGAAGCCGCUGAGAAAAAGAAGGAAAUUGGCGCUUUGACGAAUGUACAGUGGGUUGAUGCUGAGAAGGAGCGGUUGGUGGAGGCAUUGGAAAAGUAUUUUGAGGUUGAUGUUGAUGAUGGCAAGUGGGAGAAAAUCUCGCAAUAUGUUGUGAGUCGUAAUGUGGAUGAGUGCCGUGCCAAAUUCAUCUCGAUACGGCAAAAUCUAUUGAGAGAACAAGAGGAGUAUGAGCGAGGAGAAGAGGAAGAAAGUGAUGAUGACGAUGAUGGUGAUCACAGUGGCGAUAGUGAUGAAAGCGAUAGUGAAGUCGAAACACCGGAUGAAAAUGCUGGUCAAGGCUUUGGUGGUCCUGAUGAUUCGGAUGAAAGCCCGAUGGAGACCGCAGAGGAGCCGGGGGCAUUCACAGUAGAUGAUGUUAAGCGGAUUGGAGUAGUGGUGAAACAGCCUUUAACGUCUAUGGUUGGUAUAUCCAUCGCGACCUGUUUAUCAUGUGAGGUCAUAAUCGCCUGCAACAGAUGCAGGAAGAUGCGGCCGAUGGUGGUAGACUUUGGGGAGGCUACCGAGCAGAGGGUUGUCGCGUGCAGUGGGAAGUGCCAUACGUGCAGUCUUGUGAACACAUAUUCGCUGUAG